AUGAAAAAGUAUUUGAAGACUGAGUGGACCGCUUUGGUAACAUCAGUUGCCAAAUGCGCUCUAAGAAAGCGCCUUGAGAAACUCGACUCCAAACGCGAAUCCUUGUUACAUCAGCUUGCAAACUCCAGAAAUCGCGACUCACUUCACGAGAAGGAUUCGUCAAACUCUUCAGUCUGUCAAUCUAGCAUCGAAUUAUUAAACGCCUUGAGGGAAACAGAAAAAUCUCUGAUAGAACUUCGUAGCCUUCCAGAAAUCCCUUCUAAAUGGCUCACUGAUGCCUUGAUUUCAGCAGCAGUUUGCGGAAAAAAGCGGAAUGGCACUGUUAGUAAAUUAGACAAGAAUGUCGCUUGGGAAAGACGCAUAUUUCACAGAUAUCAUGGACCGAAAUUUGUUCGUGAGUAUACAGUUCAGACCUGGCUUAACAUCUUGUCAACCGCGGAAGAGGUUCUUACCAGGUCGGAUUGGACGGAAAUAUCUAACCUUGCGGUAAGUUUAUUAUCUUUUCUGCUUUGGGAUUAA